AGGAUGGAGUGCUCUCCGAGGAGGAAGCUUCUCGUCUGUGGGCUGGCUUCGGUGCCUUUUGGGUUUCAGUCCUGUUCUUGGGAGCUAUGACAUGCCUAUACCAAUGGUGUGUCGAUGUCUGUGUUCGCGACGCCAACCUUUUCAAGGACAUUGCUGUUGCUAACGCAAAGUCAAAGGAUGGUGUUGUUUCAUCCGUCUCUCACGAACUGAGAACUCCUUUGGCCGCAUUGAUUGGAUGGACCGAACUCUUGAUGAGUGACCAGACUCUUAGCUCGAGUGCCCAGUCAACUGUGUCAAUGUUGCAUUCAUCAACACUGUCGCUACUCACAAUCUUGAAUGCGCUCCUGGAUGUGUCCAAGGUAUCUGCAGCCAAAAUGACGAAUUGCAGUCAAAAUUUCAAUCUGCACGAUCUCGUGCUCGAUACCGCUAGGAUGAUGACCGGUCUCUCCGGUACUCGCACUGUAGAAUUACUGGUCGACUUUAGUGCUCAAGUCCCGGAAUUGGUUCGUGCUGACCCAGGAAUCAUCAAGCAAGUCCUUGGCAAUUUGAUCUCAAACGCCAUCAAGUUUACUGAUGUUGGUUAUGUCAACGUCGGAGUUUCUUUAAAGGACGAGGACGACGAUACUGUCACUGUCGAGUUUGUGGUUCAGGAUACUGGGAAAGGCAUUGCAGAGGAGCAAAAGGAUAAGCUCUUUGUUGAAUUCAGUCAGGUCGAGGGUGGCAAAUGCAAGACUCACGAGGCUGGAACUGGCCUAGGUCUGUUUUUGGUCAAGAACUUGGUCGAAGUUAUGAACGGUACUGUCUUUGUUGAUAGUAAACUUGGCGUGGGCUCUACAUUCGGAUUUGUAGUCAAGAUGGAGAAACAGUUCCUCGCUUUUAGGACACCCGGUUAUGAUCAUGUUGUCACUGUUUCGUCUGCCUUCCAGGCUGGAACCGUUCAGCUAGAUCCUGCUUCGCCCGUCCUUCCAGUUACGCCAGGCCUUGCCCGUAGCACGACACCCAUGCCCAUGAACGAUUCUGUAGCGGGUAUCAAAAUCACCCCUGUUUCAACUCCUGCUGCCACUCCCAAGGAUCAAAACCAAGCUAAAGAUUACUUCACCUUGCAGCCCUCCGAGGUCACGCGCGCAAAUGCCAACAACAUCACGCUCAGAACUCGUGACCACGCCUUCCUCUCCAACCGCCAGUACUACCUUCAUUCUCAGUGCAAUUACUUUGAGGACUUUUUGUGGAACACUGCUGCAGGCCGUUGGAAGGCACAUGGCGUUCGACGACUGUCAUAUGAAGAGUGCACCUAUGGUUGGCAAACAGACUUUGGGCUUGAUGACUCUUUGGCCCGUUUUGGAGAUGUGUUCUUGAUCGACCUGAGUCCCAGCACCAAUCAACCAAAGCUGGAGAGUGUACUCACGGACCAGGAAUAUGCGCGCCAGUUCCUGGCAAAGCUUUCACAGCUGCUGAUUAUCAGAGCUGAGGCACGUGUUGGCAUUGCUCGUCAGGCCUCCAUCAUCUUAUUUUACCCCUUUGGCCAUCCCCCAUCACUAGGUCAGGAACCUCUGCUGACGCUGGGACAGUAUUAUCAAAUCUCGCUCUGCCGUAAACCGGUCUCGGAGCGUGCCUUGGGUGCCAUUAUCAAAAGACAAGUCGUCACCAUCCAAGCCAGUGUUAAUGAGGAACCCUGUGCCACCCCAAGUCCUGCGCCUGCACCCGGUACACCAUCCAUGCCUGCCAAGGCUUUUGACUUUGAGCAUGGGCUACGUCUCGGUCGACAAGAAGGGGCCAAGAAGGCUACUUUUGCCCCAUCAUCCACUAAUGAUCCAAAGGAUGUAAAGGCAACCAAAGAUCUCAAAUCAACAUCGUCCGUAGAGUCACCUCAACCACAGGCACCCAAUCCCAAUGUCGCUCAAACCCAAGCAUCUCAUGUACGAUUUGCAAAGAGGAAUGGGUCAGUUCCCAAGCUUGCCUUGAAUGGGGAUGCCGCCCUGGCACAACCGUCAGAAUCUGGGUCGAAGCCUGUAGAGAAGGUGGGGAGGCCAAUCAAGAGCCUGUUGAAGCGCGCCUCUGCAAAUGCCAAGAGCAAGUUACGACCCGCUUUGAUGUCCUCGGAGAGUAUCCAGAGCCUCAAUGCGGAAGGUAAGCGGGUGCUGAUUGUUGAUGACAACUCCUUCAAUCGCAACCUGCUGUACCAUCAACUGACUAAGCUUGGCGUGUCUCGCGUUGACCAAGCAGGAUCCGGACAAGAAGCUGUCGACACCUUCCUUCCUGGUAUCCACGUAUUAGUUCUGAUGGAUCUGAAGAUGCCCACAAUGGGUGGCUUCCAAGCGACAACACUGAUUCGUCAGAAGGAAGCUGAGCACUGGGGUCCAACAGCUGUUAUUGCAGAGCCGUCCAAGGGUUUGCCUAUUAUGAGUACUUUGAACGAAAGUUGGAUGGAUGAUAACUGUCCUUGGUCCCCCGAGCGUUUUGCGGGCCCUCCAGAUGUUUCACAUCGACGAAGCUCUGGUGGAUCCUCCGGCGCACUCUCCUCAUCACCCAAGGCCACCAGAGAGCGAUCAAAGAAAACGGACGCAUCGCCCUCCAACAUGGACGAGCCAAACUCUACUGAAGAAAACAACAUCAAUCCUAAUCCUAAAUCAGAAACAGUUCAUCCAGCCAGCAUCGUUGCCUUGACUGCAGAUUGGACAGCAGAGAUUGGCGAAGACCGUGAAAAGGCUUUGAGCGGUGGAUUUGAUGAUGUCAUGGUGAAACCAAUUUCACUACCUUCGUUGUCAAUCCUGCUGGAACGAUACAUGGAGAACAGGGAUUGAAGUAUUUUAUUCUUCUCCACUCCAUGACUUUUAUUUUUUUAUUUUCUUUUCUUU